UGGAGUACAUUUAAACGGUGUCAGUAGUGGUAAAAUUAAAAACCUUUUAUCAGAUAUUUUCCAAAUGGAAAAUUGUCAUAUACUAAAGUGCAAGAUCGAAACUUACAGACAUAUACAUUUCAAGACUGAAAAUGAUGCUGGAUUAUUUUUUCAACGUGUUUAA